AUGUUUGUGCACCUAGGUAGCAGAUGGCUAAUAAUAAUAAUAGAAGGAGCAUUGCCUCCUGAGAGCGGCGAUCUUGGCAGAGUAACCCGUAGCCCAUCCACGACUCUCACUAAUCUCCCGACCUCUGCUCUUUUGCGUCCCCCACAGGUGGCGAUGGUGGAGGUGCAGCUGGAUCACGACACAAAGGUUCCGCCCGGAAUGCUAGUGGCGUUUGCGAUCUGCACCACUAUGCUGGUGGCCGUGCAUAUGCUGGCUUUGAUGAUUAGCACCUGCAUCCUGCCGAACAUCGAGGUAGUGUGCAACCUGCACAGCAUCUCCCUGGUGCACGAGUCGGCGCACGAGCGCCUGCACUGGUACAUUGAGACGGCGUGGGCAUUUUCGACGCUGCUGGGGUUGAUCCUAUUCCUGCUGGAGAUAGCCAUACUGUGCUGGGUAAAGUUCUAUGAUCUGAGCCCGCCGGCGGGCUGGUCGGCCUGCGUGGUGCUGAUACCCGUGAUGAUUAUCUUCCUGGCUUUCGCCAUACACUUCUAUCGGUCUCUGGUGACGCACAAGUACGAGGUGAGAGGUGAGAACCAUCGCCGAGAUGGUUUAUUGCUUCGUGGGAUCCUCGCGCGAUUGAUACUGCUAAACGAUGUCGCCGGCGGCACCGUAGUGGAUGCCGUUAUUGCGAUUAUGGUUGUUAUGGUGCUCGAGGUGAUCCUGUUCCAUCUGCUCCUUGAGGAUCUCCAGCUCCCGUAUGCUCAGACUAAAUAAGUGAAUAUUUUGUAAAUUUGUAGUUGAUGCAAAUUGUGAUACGCAGAAGGCAGUAGAUUUUUAUUACACAAAAGCAGUAUGAGUACGUAUAUUCUAAAGGAUUGUGCCCCGAGCAAUGUUUCUUUAAGCUCAAGACCUUUACACAUCGUAACCUCUGUGUACUCAUCGCAUGCAAUGAUGAAAGACCCAAACUAAAGCAAUACUACUUUCAAGUUUAAACCACUGUGUUGACUAAAUAUUCCUCAAUAUUAGCUUGUAUAUUUGUUGUAACUAGUUGGCGCGUCCGCUAAUAUCUGUAUUGUAUUUUAGUGGUAUGCCAUCGCUCGCGAUGUCAGACCCAGACCUCAUCCAUAGCGCAGUCUUCCCUCGCCCACGUAGUGUGUAAGAACCCAAUAAUUCGAACCGAACCAGAUCGUGUUAGCCCAAAUUUUGAUAUUGAUAGGCGAAUAUGUAAGCGAAAUUGCGCUGUAAUUUAUACACGUACGAUUAAACGAUUUUUUCUACCUAUAUUUAA